AUGGAAGACGCCCCCGAGGAAGACUUGGACAUCAAGCUGCAGACCGUCUCAAAAGACCUCAUUGCCGAAUUUGACGCUCGCCUCAGGCCCUUCUUGCGGAAGGCAGAUGGAUCUGGCCGUGUCCGCUAUCGCGUGCGUGCACGUGAGGUGUCGCAUCUUGUGUCAAAUCUGCUCGACCCAUUCCAAGAAUUGCCUCAGCUCCUUGACCCACAUCUGCCCAAGUGGCUUCCUGUGCUCGCCGAGGCCUUCCUGGAAUACCAGCAGACCCGGCGAAAACACAUCAAAGGAGCUUCCAGUACAUCCUCAUUGCUGAUGCCGUUUCCGACGGCAAUUUGCAAGCUGAUCUACACCUUCUGCAAGAUCCGCGGUGAGAAGGUCAUCGUGAACUUCCUUAAUGUUGAGACCCGGUAUCUUGAGCUCCUCCUGUCCGCCAUCGAGGAGUCAGAGAGGAACCUGGGCUCCAAUAGCGAUGCGCUUCAAUGGACCUGGGAGGAACGAUACAUCGUACUGCUUUGGCUGUCUCAUCUCAUGCUUGCACCAUUCGACCUAGCAACAAUAUCCUCGGUCUACAUGCAUGAUGUCGACUUGGCAGGCGUCCCGGGUUUCCUCUGGCCAUUCAAUCCUCCCAGCAUCACUGUGCGCAUCCUUCCAUUAGCAGCUAAGUACAUUGCCUCACCAGGCAAAGAAAGGGAUGCCGCAAAAACGCUCCUUGUGAGGAUGGCCAUGCGCCGGGACAUGCAGGAGCUCGGUAUCCUACACGCUCUCAUCGACUGGGCUCUCUUCUCGUUGCAUCCGAGCCUAGAGGACAAUGAUUCUGCGAGCAAUGAUGGUUUGAAACAAGCAACCAACCAGAAUCCUUACACCUUCAUCGGAGUGCUUGCUUUUCUGGCAGGAGUCCUGUCAUCUGCCGACGCAUCUGAGGUGGAGAAGUACUCAUCAAAAGUCUUCUACACCGUCAAUGCUACGAUGUGGAGCGAUGAUAGUACUUCUAACAUUAUCAACUCGUCUGCGGUGGCAAAGAAGACGGUCAUCAAGGUCAUGCGCUCGAUUUCUGUGUCGAAGUUGACAAGAGAGAGCCGAGACCUCUCAGGAAUCCAGCUUGUCGAAACCACUGUGCGGUACCUUCUGAGGAGCUUGUCCGAUAAAGACACGCCUGUCAGAUUCGCAGCGAGCAAAGCCUUGGGAGCCAUCACCCUCAAUUUGCCCAAUGAAAUGGCCUCACAAGUCGCGGCGGUUGUUCUGCAAGCGCUAGAGGAACAUGUUCGGGUGGCCGAUCAGGCAUCAGAGGCCCAGUCAACGCUGGCUCUGGCCCUCUGUUCAGACUCAUCAACGGAAUUGAGGAAGCGUAGCUGCUCGUCCCAGGACUACUUCUACUUCCUUCUUGACCUCACAACCCACGAACAUUGGCUACAUGAAGCAUUCCGCGUCGACAACGGUCCGGGACCUGAUGAGUGGAUGGACCAGCUCCUGGCUGGGUACGUGACCUCGGCAGACACAGGCAAUGAGGACCUCGUGAUAGCCAGCCGCUCCGCGCUCUGCGAAUACUGCGGUGGGAGCCAGGAGAAUCUCGACCGCGUGUGUGCUUCACUCUAUCGGAACAUGAAGGCCCGCCAGGGCCAGGACAGGGUUAUAGUGCCGACGCUGGAGAUCAUUGCGUUUCUCCUUUCCGUGGGCCUGUACCAGAGGACCAAGACGGUUGACUUCAAGAGCCUCUGCCUCCAGUCCCAGAAGGCAAGCUACAAGACCGGCAACGUGCGGAAGCUCAUCGCCUGCGUCAAGGUGUAUGGGGGCAUCGCGAACAUUGGCAAUGAUCCCGGCGGGCUAGUACCGAUGGCGACCGACACCCUGGGGCAGAAGAGACGAGAAGCCGUGGCGGAGGCGAGGAAGAGGCUGGGGGCGUUGAUGCUGCACCCCUGGCCGCGCGUCCGGACGUCGGUCGUCGACGAGCUCUGGAACGUGCUGUCUGGCCACGAGGCCGACAAGGCCGGAAAGCUAAAGGGCGUGGACUGGGGCACGGCCGAGAAGGGGGUCUUGAAGCAGUUCGGAUCUGAGCUUGACAUGUAG